AGUCAGCACCUUGGGCUAGGGAAGGUGGCGUCGCCUGGCCCUUCCCUUUAAUCCCAUCCCAUCAUGGAUCCAUCCAAUCCAUCCAUGCCUGACUUGCGCCGCGCUGCGCUGCCGCGAUUGGAAGCUACGGUGGUGGGUGGACAGACGCCGCCGCCCCCCUUCCUCAUCCUCGGGAUGCUUUUUGCCUUCCGCUUCAUCACCCGCUUUGAUGACGGGCUUUUCCCCAAAGCCUCUCUCUCCUCCGACCUGUAAAAGCCGCAAUCGCAAAGCGCGCCUCGCGUAUUAAACUUGCUCGUAUCCUGCCCCUCGCCGCCGAGACCCUCACCUUUUUCGGUCCUCACCUCACCCUCACGUCCGCCAAGACAUCUGUGCGAUCUGACGAACGACACUUUCGCGGCGGCGACACCACCCACCCACACCCCCAACAAGGCCCGCGGCCCUGCCUCGGUCGGCGGUAGCAGGACAGACACUCCGUCCGAUUCUUUGAUUGCGCAGCCUUCUCUCCCUGCGUCGAGGGACCGCUUGCUCCGCCUUUGACGACGGCGGCACAAACUUCGCGGGCCGCCCGAGACCCCGUCCGGUCGGGCCGCGCGCUCCGGCACACGGAGGGUCCUGGUCCCCUUUGACCGUUGCCAGCACUGACCAGGUGUGCCGCACCACGCGACGGAGACAAGGCGACACCGAAACGAACGAUACCGCUGCUGGCCGCCUUGACUCGAGCCACCAAAGCGCAGCGCAGCGGCCAUCUGAAAGGCGAACCGCCGCUCCGUUCACUCGUCGGCUCGACGACAGGCGAAGACCCUCGUCGGACGCAUUAUCCGAGAGGCACAAACAUUCCGUCCCGUCGUCAUUGCUGCCGUGGCCGCUAGGAGCCACUUCGGUCGUCUCCUUCAUCCCUCCACCACCGCCGCGGCGUCGUCUCCAUCCAUCCAUCCAUCCAUCCAUACCUCUGUCCGCCAUUGCACCGUCGCCAGGUCUCGGUCUUGCGCGGUUCUCAUACUGCAGACGCCGUCCAUUCCUGUGCCCUUGGCCUUGUGUCACCCUGCUGCGGCCAGGGUUCUGCAACGUACCGCUAUCCUGGCUGUUCGAUUCGACCAGAUCCCUUGCCCUCUGCCCGUCUGGGAAACUGCCUUACUAGUGUCUGCCACCGGGCACAGACACCACCGCCAUUGGACUCCGAGGAGAGCACUGGCCCCGGAUCCGCGCACGGAGAGCCUAUAGGCCACACGACAACGCGGCCCUUUGUGCCUUUUUUAUCGUACAUUCCCCGUCAACUCGCCGAGUCAUUGAGAUAGUCACUCUUCGCAUCGCACAUAAUACGACGAUAACUGCUGCUCGACACCAACCCGCCCUCGUUGGCUGCCUCCCACACAAACCCCGGCGCAGCCAACAUCCUCAGCAGCAGAAGCAGCAGCAGCAACUCCAAAGGCUACGGGAUCCUGAGUGCUGGGCGUACGAACUCUGACUUGCACCUGCAGAAACUCUCUCACGGGAGGUUUUACGACCUGUCGCGUCAACUUGCUCGUCUUGCCGCUAUUCGUCGUACCUCCAGCAACUUCGUCACACCACCAUGCUUGUCGUGUCCCCAGUCCUACCUGUGAUGUUCCUCGCCUGGACUCACUUGUGAAUGACAACAAAGACCAAGAAACGCCAUCAUCGCUUGCACGCACCAUUUGCCUUUUGAGGUUGUGUAUCGUCAGAUACUCACGAGACAUAAAAAGACGACCUUGAUCCUUUCAAACAACAAUAAAAGACCCGACCGAAGCCCUCAUACGCCGUACCCUCAGCUAAUACCCCGCCUCAACGGAACAUCAGCAGCCAUGCUGGAAGGCGCACGCAAGUUUCUUUGGGCGCAGCUGCUCGCUCUCAAGCCCGCAUGUUUUUCGAAGAAGCCGCACUUCAACUUCAUCUCAGUUCACUAUUUCUGGAUCAUCGCGGCAACAAUUAUCGCUUCAAUAGCAAUAUACGCCUCGGGCCGGGGCGAAUUAGCUUACAUUGAUGCCCUCAUGUUUGGCAGCGGCGCCAACACGCAGGCCGGUCUCAAUCCGGUGGACCUGAACAAGCUCAAUGGUUUUCAGCAGGGUAUGAUCUACCUGUUUGCCAUGGUUUCUAAUCCUAUCACCAUGCACUCGUGCGUCGUCUUUCUUCGGCUGUACUGGUUCGAGAAGCGGUUUCAGAGAUGGGUUCGUGAGGCUCGCCUCCGACGUCCGACCUUCACCAGGUCCAAGUCCAAGUCUCGCCCCGACGCGGAGCUGGCCAGGCCCGUUCAAGGCGUCAACGGCCGCGAUAUUACCGUCAUGCCACAUGAUGGACGCACGCCAAGGAUCACCAAUGAUGGCAUUUUGCUGGACGACGCUGCCAAACACCAUUCUCGGCCCGCGGGUGUCGCCAAGAGCGAUGAGAGCGACACCACCACAGUGACGGACGAGAAGUCUAGUGGAGGUGCGGUUGGCUCUCCUGAUGAGCACCUUACCGAAAGCGCCAAUGGAGGCGCCGGUGUGACUGAAUCUGGCCGGCCAUUGGAGGAACAGUCCCAUGGCCAAAGGACUGACGGCACCAGUGCGGCCCAGACGGCAAUUUCGUUCGCUGAUACUGUCAAGAGAAGCGAUGGGAUGGGUGAGGACGCUCUGAAGCUACCACAGCGCCGAACACACGCCGAGCACAUUGCCAUCCUGGAGCGGCAACGCCAAGAAGACAGCGAGGUCCUGAGGAUUCCGGGGCCGCGAGAUGCAGAGCGGGGCGAGGGGCCUAGGCGGCUUCAGGCCGAGGAAUCGCAGUACGACGACGACAACGCCUUGGCACGCCUUCAAACGGCCGACUCGCGCGUUGAUCAACAAGCUGUGGGCGCGAGCAACCGCCGCGGGCGGAACCCAACCAUCACCAUCGCGGAGCCCGAGUGGCGCCAGCGGAAGGAGGAGCUUACAGAAGACGCCAGGGCGGCAGCCGGCACGCUCGAGUCUCUGAGGUUCCGCAAGCCCCGCACCUUCAACUCUGGGCAGAAGCGGUAUCACGAAGACGGCGAAGAGAGACAGCCUCGCCCAGUCCGGACGCGGACAAUGGACACCAUCCGUUCCGCCCUGUCCAGAGAUAAGCAAGGCGAUAUGCCCUACCUUUCUUACACCCCUACCACGGGGCGAAACUCCAAUUUCAUUGGCCUCACGCUGGAGCAGCGGGAGGAACUUGGUGGCAUUGAGUACCGCUCACUGAGAACGCUGGCUCUCAUCCUCCUCUUCUACUUUUGGGGUUUUCAGCUCGUCAUUCUUUCUUGUCUCCUGCCGUACAUCCUACACAACAACACGUAUGGCAAAGCUGUCGACGAUGCAGGGGUGACGAGAACGUGGUGGGGCUUUUUCACAUCCAACGUGGCCUUCAUGGACGUUGGCUUCACCCUGACGCCCGACAGCAUGAUCUCGUUCCAGCAGUCCCAGUUCGUCCUGAUGAUCAUGUGGUUCUUUAUCAUCAUCGGAAACACAGGUUUCCCCGUCAUGCUGCGCUUCAUCAUCUGGGUUGCGGCAAAGGUUGUACCGAGUGGAUCCGGUGUCUGGGAGGAGCUGCGCUUCUUGCUAGACCAUCCACGUCGAUGCUUCACCUUGCUGUUCCCAUCUGGUCCUAAUUGGUGGCUAUUUUGGAUCCUUGUGAUGCUUAACGCAGUGGAUCUCCUCUUCUUCUUGGUUCUUGAUCUCGGCACAGAGCCUAUAGCCCGCCUGCCCCUCCACAAUCGCGUUGUCGUUGGCUUCUUCCAGGCAGCAUCGACGAGAACUGCCGGCUUCUCGGCCGUCAGCCUGACUGAGCUUCACCCCGCCAUGCCCGUUCUGUACAUGAUUAUGAUGUACAUUUCCGUCUUCCCAAUCGCCAUCUCCAUCAGACGCACGAAUGUGUAUGAGGAAAAGUCGCUCGGAGUCUACCACGUCCACAAUCUGGAGGACGACGGCGAUGCCCCUGCUUUGAACUAUGUUGGCAGUCACUUGCGACGCCAGCUCUCGUUUGAUCUAUGGUAUGUCUUCUUGGGCUUCUUUAUCAUCAUCAUCAGCGAAGGUGGCAAGAUCCAGGACGGAAACUUCAACCUGUUUGACGUCCUCUUCGAGGUGGUGAGCGCAUAUGGCACCGUGGGCCUCAGCAUGGGGGCCAAGGGCAUCAAUGCAUCGCUUUGCUCCGAGUUUUCGGUUGUCGGGAAGCUCGUCAUCAUCGCGAUGCAAAUACGUGGACGGCACCGUGGUCUUCCGUACGGCCUUGAUCGUGCCGUCAUGCUGCCCAGCGAGGCUCGGUUCCAGAAGGAGGCGGAAGAGGCGGAAGCAAUGCUUGCUCGCAUCAACACCGGCAUGUCGAGCGCCACAACUUCGGGCAUGCAGCGGCAGCCAACCCACACCAACACCGCCCGGAGCCGGAGCAUCAGCCGCGAACGGCCUCCGAGCAACGUGAUAGCACAAUUCCUCCACCCGGGCCCUGUGGUACCCAGAGAUAGGGAUAUCACCUCAAAUCAUUACCGAAGGGGCUCCGGAGACUCACGCGGACUAUCGCUGGGUGCUCGGACCAACACGGAGCCAAUCAUCGAAGAUGAAAUGGAGGACCUGGAGGAGCUUAACAGCGGCGGGUCGUCGCGAUUCAGCAAGCCACGAAGAGUCGAGACCGCACCAGAGUUUUAGACGAACCCUUGGCGAUGACGCUCCUAAGAAACGAACUCGGCUUUGGCUUCGUGGCCCCCCCCCCUCCUUUUUUCACAUAGCGAAUUGCGUGUUUCCUGUAUAAUGACAUCAAGCCUGCGAAGACCAUCUGCUUUCCCAGGUGGGACGGCGUACGGACUCCGACUGUGGGCAUUUGUUUCUUUUCAAUAGACGAGAGAACUAUCGCGGAUACAGAUCUUGAGAGAUGGAAGCUGGGCGCAAUGCGGAAAAGGCGGCAUAUCUUGAAGCGUGUCUCAUAGAUUUCUCUUACCCGCCGUCACGCGCGCGGAAUCCGAGUAGUAUGCUUGGGAGGAGGCUACUUUUGGCAUGGAUCGGGGCGCUCGGAACGGGAUUGCGGCUUAGGCUUGCACAUGAUAGUAUGCUGCCUCAAGUGCUCCAAAAACCAAGUCACCUUUCGCUCACUAUGUGAUACAAUGC